UGUCAAGUUUCAGGAUGGGGUAAAACUUCGCAGGGUGUCCUAUCCACAAAUCUGAUGAUGGCCAAUGUGAGCAUUAUACAGCAAACUAUUUGUAAGGUCUCCUACGGCAGUGGGCUUCUCCAAGGUAUGCUGUGUGCCGGUGUCUUGCUAGGCGGCACGGAUUCUUGUCAGGGUGAUUCGGGUGGUCCGCUUAUAUGCAACAACGAACUGGUCGGUAUUGUGUCUUGGGGCACUGGUUGCGCGCAACCUGGUUUUCCUGGUGUCUAUACUAAUGUUACCUACUACCGGAAUUGGAUAGAGAGCCGGAGUGCUGCAACGAUAGUGGGGCUAAAAAUCAGUAUUUUAGCGUUAAGUGUUUCACUGGCGCUAAGUAAUUGCUUCAAAUAAAGUAAAUUAUUUAUUUAUUUACAUAAAUAAGUGAAAUUUUUAUUUUUAUGAUAGCUAC